GGUACCUCUUCUAGUCCUCCGAAACCUGGUCGACUGGCCGCGUGCUUUGAAGUGAAGCAACGUACCCUGGAUCCUAUAUCGUCGAAACGAUACAUACCUGAUUAUUCGAAAUGGAGCAUGGCAUCAGACAUGGCACCGGAGUCAACAAAUUUGAACGUUGACAAUUCGGAGGGAACCUUUGUAUACGAAGCACUUUCCACGACCGACCGACAGAUUCGUCUCGUGGAAAUCUUGCCCGGAGGUUGGCACGAUGAGAUUUCCUGCACCCUCCGAACAGUGUUCCUUGACAACAAUCCAGAGUAUGAAACAUUGUCAUACGUAUGGGGAGAUCGGAAACUCACAAAGGCCGUCUGCAUUAAUGGGCACGUGGUCAAAGUCACCGAAAAUCUAUGGAUCGCCAUGCGCCGAUUACGGCAGAAUGUGCAACGCACUUUCUGGAUUGAUGCAAUAUGCAUCAACCAAAACGACAACCAAGAAAAAUCACAACAAGUCAGAAUGAUGGGAAGCAUAUUUAGAUUAUGCCUGGAGUGUUCGCUCUGGUUAGGGGAAGGACCUGAUCUUGGCGAUUCCCCACCAGGACGAUUUCCACCGAUUUCAAUCACAGCGAGUCGAGUAUUCGAACUACUCGGGAUGUUAUGCCAAAAGAAGCACCUCCAAGAAUACCCAUGUUUCUGCAUCGCUGAUGAUGGUGCGAUUUCCGAGAGAGAAGAGUAUACAGCGCACUUCAAUGCACUACACAAGCUGUGCAAAUCACCAUGGUGGGAGCGCAUCUGGGUAAUCCAAGAAGCCGUUUUGCCCAAACUACCAAACGACACACCAUGCCAAGACAAAUCCUCAAUUGAUACCUUCUGGCGAACAACUAUCCUAGACUCUGUUUUCCACAAAGGUACAUCAACGGAUGACACUUGCUUUCGACGGGCUCUUUCGACGGACUAUGAAUUGUUCCGCGCAACAUGGUACACGAUACAGAAGUCCACACAGAGAUUAGACAACACCAACCAUCUUCGUAACAUGAAUGCGAUCAGUCUUACAAUAUAUUAUACAGCUCGUGGACGAAGAAUGUUUACAACCCGCCAAGGCAAUCUUGGAAUGGCGCCGCUUGACGCCGCUUCAGGCGAUGAAAUCCACAUACUAUUGGGGAGCAAAUGGCCGUUUCUUUUACGCCCACAUCCUAUCCCAGUCUUUUCGGAAGAGCACGGGGCGAACUUGCCUACGUACACAGUUAUCGGAGAAUGCUACCUCCACGGGAUCAUGGACGGAGAAGCUUUGGAAGGUGAUUGGGAAACAAGGGUUCAAAAAGUAGCACUUCGUUGAGCUUCAGGGGUUGAAUGGGCUCUCUAGCAUAUGUAUAUAACUUACUUCCCCAUCCUUCCAUCUUCUCCCUUUUAUGCUUUCAUAGUAUACUCCCGCGCUUUCAUAUAUCUUCUCUUCGUGUCCUCUCAAAUACCUUCAUGCCCUCGAAUCUUUUUAUUUUCGUAUCUCCGUAGAG